AUGCUUAGUUAUGCUGCUACUCUUUGGAUUGAUAUUUAUACUAAAGAAGCAAUUGAUCUAUUGAAGGAAAAUAUAAUUUAUGCAAAAAAACCACCACAAAAAACCGAAAAUCAAACCUCUAUAUCUGAUCUUGAACUUCCUAUUGUUCUAAUUGAACAUGUUGAACUGCUUUACUUAUUUACAGAAGAGGUUAUAAAAUCCUUAGAUUAUCUUGACAAUGAUAACCAUCAAAUUCAAUUAAAUAAUUCAACUUUUAUAGAAGAUUUUUCUAACCUAUCCUCUAUUCAUUUGUCAUGCCAAUUACCUAAA